UCCAAGGUCGCCGUGGUGACCAUCAACCGCCCCGAUGCGCUGAACGCGCUGACGCGCUCGAUGAUGAUCUCCCUGGCCUCGGCGUUCCGGCGGCUGGACGCCGACGACGGCGUGGCCGCGGUGGUGCUCGCGGGCCGCGGCCGCUCCUUCUGCGCAGGGGUGGACCUCACGGCGGCGGAGGAGGUCUUCAAGGGCGACGUCAACGACCCCGCCGCUAACCCCGUCGCCCAGAUGGAGCUCUGCCGGAAGCCCAUCGUCGGCGCCGUCGCCGGGUUCGCCGUCACCGCGGGCUUCGAGAUCGCCCUCGCCUGCGAUCUCCUUGUCGCUGGCCGCUCCGCCAAAUUCCUCGACACCCACGCCAAGUUUGGGAUAUUUCCUUCUUGGGGUCUUUCACAGAAGCUCUCUCGUCUCAUUGGGCCAAACAGAGCACGAGAAGUGUCACUAGCUUGCAUGCCUGUCACUGCUGAAAUGGCUGAGAAGUGGGGGCUUGCUAACCACAUUGUGGAUGAUAGUCAGGUGCUGAGUAAGGCCAUAGAGGUCGCGGAGGCCAUUGCGAGGAAUAACCGCAACUUGGUGGUGCUAUACAAGUCAGUUAUAAAUGAUGGGCUUCAGCUGGACAUGAAACAUGCCCGAGCUCUUGAAAAGGUGCGAAUUUAUGAAGUGCAUGACACAAUUAUGUAUCCAUGGCUUAACUUACAGCCAAUAUUUGUUGUUUUCAUUCUAUAUGGUGCUCAAAUUAUGAAACUCUGAGGUGAUCUUGUGAAUGUUAGCAACAGUGUGUUAAUGAAAAACCAGGCAGAAUUAGACCCUUCCCUGGACCCUGCGCAAGCGGGAGCUACAUGCACCAGGUUGCCCUUUUUGGUACACUAGAAAUUUGACAGAAUAUCCAUGAAACUGCUUUACAGUCUUAAA